AUGUCGCGAAAGGAAUAUUCAUGGUUUCUGAAGACUGACUAUGCUCCCUCGAGUACUACGCAGCAACAAACUCAGGACAACUCAGCUGAGAACUUUAAAAGAGCAAACAAGGUUCUGGCUUCGGAUUCUGAGCCGGUUCACAUAUGGAAUUUCUCUGGGCGAACAACCUUCAUAUUGAUGAAUGAAUGGAACCGUAUGCCCCAAGAUCCUCAGCCUUCUGACCAGGAGAUGAAAACACUGAGUUUACAACUUAUGCAACUACUGUCAGACUCCAGAUCCUUGAUGGUUUUGCCUUCCUCUGCAAUAUGGAUUACCCUGGUAUGGAAGGGAGAACACCCUGUUACUGUCACACCAUGGUGA